AUCGUUCGUCCUACUCACUCCCUCCCUCCCUCCCUCCCUUCAAACAGCCUAUUUUCCUUCUCCUCCCCACUGUCGACAACGACGGUUGCUCCACUAAGGCGUCACCGAUAGAACACUGUAACGCUGGUGGCUACCCCCUCUUCCUUGCCAACAACCGCAACAGUUUUCUAUUUUGCCAUAAUUGGAGAGUUAAUAAUGAUUUAUGCAGCAAUUGAUAAUUUCUACCUGACCGACGAGCAAUUACAAAACUCACCGUCGAGGAAAGAUGGUAUCGAUGAAGCCAAUGAAACUAUCCUCAGAAUCUACGGCUGUGACUUGAUCCAAGAAAGUGGCAUUUUACUUAAAUUACCCCAAGCUGUUAUGGCUACUGGUCAAGUGCUAUUCCAUCGUUUCUAUUGCAGGAAGUCAUUUGCUCGAUUCAAUGUCAAGAAAGUUGCAGCUAGUUGUGUGUGGCUUGCAUCUAAAUUAGAGGAAAACCCUAGAAAAUCAAGGCAAGUCAUUAUUGUUUUCCACAGAAUGGAAUGCAGGAGAGAGAAUUUGCCCAUGGUGUUUUUGGACCUAACUUCAAAGAAAUUUGCGGAGUUGAAGAUGGAAUUGAGCAGAACAGAAAGGCACAUAUUGAAAGAGAUGGGUUUCAUUUGUCAUGUUGAGCAUCCUCACAAAUUUAUUUCAAACUACCUUGUCACCCUUGAACUGCCUGAAGAUUCGAAACAAGAGUUGGGACAGGAAGCUUGGAAUCUUGCAAAUGAUAGUUUGCGCAUGACCUUGUGUGUUCGUUUCAAGAGUGAGGUCGUGGCUUGUGGGGUUGUAUAUGCUGCUGCACGUAGGUUUCAAGUACCACUUCCUGAGAAUCCACCAUGGUGGAAGGCAUUUGAUGCAGAUAAAUCUGGGAUUAAUGAAGUUUGUAGGGUUCUAGCUCAUCUUUACAGCCUUCCCAAGGCAAAGUACAUAUCAGUAUGCAAGGAUCAAGAAUUUUCUUUUUCUCGCAAGUCUUCAGAUUCUCAAUUGCAGCCAGUUCCAAAGGAAGUUCCACAAGUUAGCUCACCGACUAAUGAUGCUAUUGGUCCCAAGUCAGGCCCAACUCUGACUGGUGCAGAAUCAGGGGCUUCCAAGAGAUUAAUAAAAGUGGCCCUAGACAAGCUGAAUGAAUCUAAGAAGAGUCAUGAUGAGUCCAGGCCAACUGGUGGAGAGGCAAGAGAUGAGCCCAUUCCAAUAUCCAAGUCUGAGCAUAGAGCAGAGGCAAUAAGGAACAGGAGCAAGGACAGAGACAAGGAUAAAGAUAGGGAGACAGAGAGGGACAGAAUAAAGGAGAGGGAUAGAGAUUCUGACAGGAAAAGCGAGUGGGAGGAGACUGAGAGGUACCGAGAUAAAGCUAAGGAUCAAAGUCAUCGAUCAAAUGAUAGAGGAGGACAUUCGGAGAAAUCAAGAUAUCAUUCAUCACGCGACUGUGACUACCACAGUUCCUCAUAUUCUUCAAGGGAGAAGGAUCGGCAUAGACAUCACUCAUAUGCUUAAACCAGCCAUUGAGAAUGGUAGUGACUAGGAAGGAGAAAAUUAACCAGGUCUUGAAACACAUGCAAUAUAGGAUUUUACAACUUGAUUUGCAGAUGAUCCCUCAGGCGGAGCCUGCUAUUAUCCCGUAAAAAAGGUGUGGCCUUUAGAAUUAUCAGACACAAAUUUUCUACUAAAAGCAAUUAGUUUUCUUAUGAUUCUGCCUUAAUGUUGUUUUCAGUUAGAUUUUUCUAACUUUUUGUUUUAUACUAGAGAGUCAAUUAGUCUUAGGCUGCCCGGCAAAGGAUCACUAUUGUCUGUCCUAUUUAUUCCUUUUUCUCAAAUGGUUUAUGAACUUACUAGACAUUUCACAUAGAAUUUCCAAAGCUAUUACUGAUUGCUUUUAACAUUAAUU